AUGCCUCCUCGUCUCGCAUCGCAAUUUCACCUUGCUCGGACACUUCCCAUCAACGUGAACAGACUUUUCCUCUCUCGUAGAGCGCUCCACGAGGCAAAGGCGGAUUUCAUCACCCUCGACUCGAAUGGAUCCCCAACCACACGCAAGCUCGAUAUUUUCAUCGGGGACCCUCACGAAGCCGUCAUCGCGUUCGAUAAAGAUGUAGGCUUUGCCAUGAAAUCUGCCAUCGCCAAGAAGACAGGCAUGUGCCACGUUUCAGAUUCAGAAAAGAUGCCCUUGACAUUCUUCCACGCGUCUCGGCAUUUUGCACAUGGCGCCAUACCAUACCCGCGCAUAGUCAUCGAACGGGAUCUCCCACGGCAGAACGCGACCGACACGAGUCCUGCAACCCUUUGGCUUUGGGGCGCUUCACACUCUAUCACCCUCGAUGGCACACCAGAUUAUGCAUUCGAGGUAAUCUCUAGAGAGAGUCACGAGAGGCUGAAAGGAGCAGCUGAGCUCCUGCGGAAUAGGUGA